CAACAAAUCUAAUCUCUACGUGUAAAACUCUAGUUACUAGCCAGCAACAAAUGCACUGGGUUUUAUGCUCUAAACUUGUCUCUUUAUGGUGCUUACUUGCCACUAGCCUCGACCCCAGGCCGAUCCGUCUCCAAUUGAACGCUAGGCAACUUCGUUCUAUUAAAAAAAAAUCGGCCUGGGACCGAGGCUAACUUGCCACCAGCUGAAUGUCGUCAUUGGAAUUCAUUUUUAACGACUUCUUUGUCUUUCUUGCCUUCACUCAAGAAAUAGCAGCCACGUGAGUUUAACCGCGUGUUGUACCUUCUCUGGAUUCAGUCCUAGAUAUGAUGUAGAAUGGAAUGUGCAUGGGAGUUGGAUACUCCUCUUGAUAUUCCUGCAUGCUGCUACUCAUAGUAUUAUUUAUUCAUGUCAACAGCCGAGGGUUAGCACUUCAGUGCUCUAGUUAUUACCUUAAACAGCGGUCGAUAUUAGCAGUCGAUGUUAUAAAAAGAGUCGAUUUAUGAAAUGGAGUCGACAGUACAAAAGAGUUGAUAGUAUAUUCUGUGUUUUGUAGUAGGUCGACCUUAAUACAAUUUUAACAGUAAACUGGAGAGGGCUAGGAGGGGUGUGGCUGUACAGGGUAGGCUGGAACCAGUUGACAUUAGUUCAUUAAGGUCACUCAUCGGGUUUUUCCAGCCUGCUUUGUGCAGCACCCCUCGGUUCCGGCUCCCUACACUCUCCAGUUUACCGAAACUAGUAAAGGUCGACUUACUAAUGUUAUGGUAAACAUUGACUCUUUUAUAAACAUCGAAUCUUUCAUAACGUCGGCUUCAUUUUAAAACUUUUUAUACAGCAUCAAUUUAUGAAUUUUGACACAAACAUCACCCCCAUAAUUGAUAUUCAUACAAAUAUACUGUAGACUUCUUUCGUCCUGCAAGAGAAAAAGCAAGCGAUGAAUUUCAUGAACAAUCACUAUACCGUAACCUUAAGCCCCCAUAUACGUUUGGGCAACUUGAGGGGCACGCCAAAACACGGGGGAAAAAUUACGCUUUACUACAUGCGUCCAUUUUAGCAACUUUGUGCGCUCUCUGUGACAUUACAUGUAUUUUCUGAUGGACACAGUGCAGGGAACUAUUUACACACAAUGGCAUUUUACUUUCUCGGGUCGACCAGUAGUCUCGCAAGAACAUAGAAAUUCGCCGACCCGAACCACAAGGGUACAGACUUCAUUCGCAACAAGAUGCAGCUGCAGUUACGUUACAACAACAGAGACGAAGGAAAAGAAAGCUGAGCACUGCAGUCAACAAUUUUGCAUUGCCUUUGAUCUAUACAAUCUGUUGUACUACAAAACCACAUUCUUGGUACCACCACAUGUGAAGAGUGAGGAGACCAGAGUGUAUCAGAUGGAUGUGGUCUCGGGAGUGAUGCCGCCAGCAUCAAUGCAGGCCAUGUUGGAUACAUGCAUCAACUCAUCGUAUGGUCAGCCCGCUAUCAACGAGCUUCAGGCCCAGAAGGGUGCCCUGAGGCAGCACAUAAAUGACAACCACCCCAAAAACCUGACGUCGUACGUACAUAUGCAUCUGUUUGGAGCAGCUACAAGUGCUGGACUGGCAUUGAAUUUCAGUGAAGCCCACUCAAAGAUCAGCAAUAUCCAAACGUAAUAAUUAAAUUUUGAACACAGUAUUGUGUAAGUAACAUUAGUGACAUACUGUAUAGCGUGUUAUUUUGUAUAUUUCGUACUAGCUGUAAAGCAUC